AUGGCAGAAGCUUCCCGGAGAAGCGCCCUGGCUAUUGCGGAUCCUAAGGAAACUAUUCAAAGAGAAUCCUAUGAGGGACCCAUCAGAGUUGUUUUGGAGGAUGUGGGAAGGAAGAAGCUGCCGGAAACGGCUAAAGGGAAGAAGAAAAGAAAGAGCAAGGAGAAGCGGGUAGACGGAUAUGAAGAGGCCCGACCAAAGAAGGAGAAGAAAGAAAAGAAGUCGAGUGAGAAGAGGGAGCGUAGGCGAGAAGAGAAGCGCCUGAAGAAGGAAGAAAAGAGAAAGAGGGCGGAAAGCCCGGAUGUCGACGGAGAAUCCACCACCGCAAGCGUGGAAGAGGGGGUGUCACCGCAAGAAAAAAAAUCAGUGCAACCUCAAGAGGCAUCAAUGCAUAUCAGAAUGGUUGUGACUGAAGACCGAGAGGAUUCGGACAUUACACCUCUAAUGCGGCGUCGCAAGGAGAAUGCGCCACAAGGUGAGCCUGCGUUGACCAAAAUACGUCCAUCAACAAAGAAGGAAAAUGAUGACAUGAUGAUGGAGAUGGGAUUCAUUCCCGCGUCAACGCCACUUCCUGAUUUUACAAGUGUUGUGUUGGAGCAUGGGUGGGAGACAUUCUACCAGUGCCUAUCUAUCAUAAUUCCAACGGUAGUGAGAGCUUUUUAUAAGGGAAGGCUCCAUGGCACGAAAGAUGCGGUGAUCAUGAAAGGGUGUAUAGUGCCAUUCAGCGCAAGGGACAUCAACGAAUUAUAUAAGAUGAAGGACAUCCCGGAUGCAUCGGGUAACAAAAUUAUUGAUGAUCCCCAAGAAGAAAAAAUGGAGGAUGCACUGAGAACAUUAACGCAAUCGGGCACUCAGUGGUCGGUAUCCUUGAAAGGCAUUAAGACCCUUGCGUCCAGCAAACUGCUUCCUGAAGCACGUCUUUGGGUUUACUUGGUGAAAAGGCGCAUCAUCCCUACAUCGCAUGACAAAACAGUUUCAAGGGAUCGAGUAAUGGCUGCAUAUUGCAUAGCAUGCGGUAUUCUGAUUGACGUGAGCCACCUGAUUGCAGCCCAAGCCAAAGAAGCAGCGCAAAGAAAACAAAGGCAAGGAAAAAGUCCAAGAGCAAUCAACGCAAGACCAAAUACCCUUGGACCCCUUACCUUUAAUUAUUCGCCCUCCGAGCCCACCAAUGGAACUCCUUUCCCCACUCCUGGAACACUUUACUAA